AGCAACUCAAAAAUAGCCAACUUUUGAGUCAUAAACAGAGGCAUAUACUUACCAAUUUACCAUUUAUAUGGAUUGUUUGACUAAUUAACAGGCUAAGCUCAAUUUGAAUACUUCUAUUAAUUGUAAACCAAAUUUAGAUCGCAAUAUUUUGCGAUAUCUCUAACAAUUUGAAUUGGAAAAAGGAAAAUCAGUUGCCAAAGCGCUCCUUUUAAGUUGCCUCACUUCAUUUCUCCCAAUUUUCUUCUCUACAAUGGCGACAGAUUCAACUGAACAGGAUUUUUGCCGCAUUUUGGUAUUGAGUGAUGAUGGAUCAACCACAGCGCAUUCGCAAUGUAUGGCACAGUUAGAAAAUAAAGCAUGUGUGGAUGCUUCAGUAAUUUGCCAUAAACCAGUAAACAUGGAAUCUUCAAACUCAUUUCCUUCUUGCGUAGUUACCGUUGAUAUUGAGAAAGGUUUGGGCGACGUUUCAAAAAUCGAUCAAGAUACUUGUGGAAGCAUCAAAACUGAAAUUUCAUUAACUAAACCGCUGCGAAGACAGAACAGCUUGCAAUCAGGAAAAAAAACUAUUCCUCCUUUAAUAAACCAUGUCCUCAUGUUUCUCAAGCUUGAUGCUAAAGAGAAACAAACAUUGGAGAAGCCGCACGAUGCUAUUAACAACAGACCGAGAAAGUGUAAGCGUGCAGGAUUAUUUCACUCACGACGAAUUGUUCUUCUGUUUUCCAUUGUGUCCAGUAUAGGGACAUUAGUCUUGAUAUUACUCACUCUACGAGUUAGACGAUUCGGCGAUAGUUAUGUGCAUGGAUGAAGGGUCCUACCUUUUUUUUUCCUUUUUUCUUAUAUAAAAUAUAUAAAAAAAAUAUCAUAAUCUUCUGUUCCUAAUUUCUCUGUUGGAGAUUACUGUUUUGUGAUCCGCGUAUCUCCUCUAUAUUGGACUUCAUCUCAAUUUUUCCGAUGUACAUAA